AUGGUCAUGAACACUGAGCUGUGCUGUUGUUGCAGUGGCUGCGACAAGCUCUCGGUGGAACAGCUGUGCGUGACACCAGCCCUCUCUGAUUGGAGCGCGUCCUUGGCUAUGACCUUGCUCUCCCUCUGCCCACGGCGCCGGAACCGUGUGACGCACAACGAUCAAUUUGAGCUGCCGAGGAAGCGAGCAUAUGCGUGGCGUUCUGCGCUCCUGCCCGCGGCGCUCCAGGAGGAGGCGUGCGGUAAUGACCUGCUCCUCUGCGCGCUCGCCAUCAUCGCCCUCACAAUUAAUUCCCGCCUCGCGUUCCCGUGUGGUAGCGAGGGGGGAGUGGUGAUAGAGAGGGGGGGGCUGCCUCAUUAG